CGCCGCCGCUCCGCUCCGCUCCCCCCGCACGCACAUUGUCCGGGCGGCGGCGGCAGAGCGCCCUGGCGCCCGGUGCCAAUGCGGGGCGGGCGCGGCACACCGGGGGCGCCUCCACCACCGCGGUGGAAACUUCACCUCGCCGCCGGGCCGAGGCGCGGCUGAAGCCCCCGGCGGGGAGGAGGAGGAGGGGGGUGCUCGCCCGCCUGGGGGGCGCCUCGUGUUGUUUGAUUUUCCUCCGCUGAAAGAAAAAAAACCAAAACAGAUAAUAUUAUUAUCCCGCUUUAAACUUCCGCGCCCCGCUCUCCAGGACGCGCAUCCCGCCCGGCGGGGUGGACGAGCCGGUGGUGGUGCUCCUGGAAGUCCUGCUCUGGGGUUGGCUGGAAGAUGACCGAAUAUAAGCUGGUGGUGGUGGGAGCUGGUGGUGUCGGGAAGAGUGCUUUGACAAUACAGCUCAUUCAGAACCAUUUCGUUGAUGAGUAUGACCCCACGAUAGAGGAUUCCUACAGAAAGCAAGUUGUCAUUGAUGGAGAGACCUGCUUGUUAGACAUCUUGGAUACCGCAGGGCAAGAGGAAUACAGUGCCAUGAGAGACCAGUACAUGAGAACAGGGGAAGGAUUCCUCUGUGUCUUCGCCAUCAACAACACCAAGUCCUUUGAAGAUAUUCACCAGUACAGGGAGCAGAUCAAGAGGGUGAAAGACUCAGAUGAUGUUCCUAUGGUGCUGGUGGGAAAUAAGUGUGACCUGCCAGCCCGGACAGUGGAGACCCGGCAAGCGCAGGACCUGGCCCGGAGUUACGGGAUCCCCUACAUAGAAACGUCUGCCAAAACCAGACAGGGUGUUGAAGAUGCAUUCUACACCUUGGUGCGGGAGAUCCGUCAGCACAAGCUGCGCAAGCUGAAUCCCCCAGAUGAGAGCGGCCCUGGCUGCAUGAACUGUAAAUGUGUGAUAUCGUGAUUAUGCUGACUGGACCGUGUCUUGGAGAGGUUCCCACUGUGCAGAGUGCAAGGAAAGAGGUGAAGCGAAGGAAGAAGCAAACGGAUUCAGGGGAGGAAUAUGGGGGGAGGGGGAGAGGAAGAGGAGGAAGAGGACAGGGGGAGCAUGAGCCCCUCCAAGGACUAUCUCGCACUUCACCCAAGCCUGAAGCAAACGACUUUUUUUCUUUUUUUUUCUUUCCCCAUCCCCUCCUGCUUUGGCCUCCUCCCACCCUGGCAACUGUACAAAGCCACAGAUUGAAUCACACUAAAUUAUUAUUUGAUGGUCUCGACAAA